ACUGUUUUUUUCCCGAUUGGUUAAGAAACAGAAACUCUUGUUGUCUCUGUCUUUGGUCUCAAACCCUAAAGUACUAUUCUCGGCUCUCUCUCCCUCCCUCGAUCUCUGUCCCCUUUCUCCUCCAAUCACUUCCUUUUCUAAUCAAAUUUGCGCGGGAAAUCUAGUUCCCAGGAAACCAACCAACCAACCAACCUUUUCAUCUCCGUUUGAGUGCUGUAUACAGCCCCGUAGCUAGAUUUGAUUUCUCCAACGAGAUCUGGGCUUUGUCAAAAACGUGAAUCGUAUUGCUAUAGUGAUCAUGCAAAAGCAAUCCAGAGCGUGAUAAAGAAGAUGGAACCUGAACGUACCAAAUUUGGAGGUCCUAAAGAGCUGUGUGGUGCAGUGGAUCUUAUAUCACAAUACAAACUAUUGCAACACCAUGAAUUCUUUUGCAAGAAAUCACUUACCGUGUCUCUAUCAGAUUCCCAUUAUCUUCAUAAUGUGGUUGGGGACACAGAGAUCAGAAAGGGAGAAGGAAUGCAAUUAGAUCAGCUUGUACAGAACAUGUCACAGAGCCGGGAGACUAAUAGUACCCGCAUCCAACCUUUUGAUAUGGAUGAGCUUAUGGAGGCUUUCCAACUCAGUGAUACGACUCCUGUUGAAUUGCCUCUAGAAGAGAAGGGAGCUCCUACAAUUCCACCCAAGUCAAAAAGUGAGUCGAAGGAUAAGGACAGGAAGCAUAAGAAACACAAGGACAGGGGUAAGGACAAAGAUAGAGAGCAUAAGAAGCACAAACACAGGCAUAGAGACAGAAGUAAGGAUAAAGACAAGGACCGAGACAGGAAAAAGGAGAAAAAUGGACACCACGAUUCGGGUGAACACUCUAAGAAACACCAUGAUAAGAAAAGGAAACACGAUGGGGAUGAAGAUCUAAAUGACAUUCAUAGGCACAAGAAAAACAAGCAUAAGAGCUCAAAGCUGGAUGAGAUGGGUGCAAUAAGGGUUGGUGGCUAGAUUGGCAGGCAUUCCCAAUUCUGUAUUCUGCAAAUCCAGUAGGUGUCACGGAGGAGGUUUAGAAAUCACUUUUCAACUCACUGUAGACUAUAUAUUAGAGGACUUUGUAGGUUAAAAUCUCAAAAUGGUGAAUUCAUUCCUUGAAGAAGAAGAAGAAAGGGGGAAUUUGUGAAGAAGAAGCAUAAUUCGUAUCACGCAAUUGAUUUGGUGGCAGCUUUGUAACAUUUUGGUCGUGGGGGGUGUUUUCUUGUUCCGUGUCUUUUCUGUCUAUAAAAUCAAAAUACACUCGCAUUGUUUACUCUUAUUCAUGUAAAAUAAUUUGUUAUCCAGUUAAUGUUGUUGAAAAAGGGACUGUUAGUGUUCCAAUAUAUCUGUAUGCCACAAUAUAGCUUACUUGUGUAAGUUGAUCACAAUAUCUGGUU